GCUGAUGCUGUGAGGGCACACAGAGGUGGCAUCGCUCUGUGGCAGUGUCUGCUAGCUGUAGCAGAACUCAGGGGGCAGUGGGCCGCUGUGGCCGGUUUGCUGUUCAACAAGACUGAGAGGGCGGCUCACUCCCACGCAGCCAGCAGCAAGUACUUCAUCAAAACCUCCAGAAUCCACCUCCAGUCCAGCCACAUCCCCGCUCCCACAGCCACCGCCCGGCCCAGGCCACCACCAUGUGGACAAAGAGGACAGAGGAAGGGGCCAGGCUGGAGGUCCCUAGGGAUGAGGCAGGCCUUGGGCUGGGUCCUGGCCCAGGCCCAUGAAGCCCACCCACAGGCUCUCUCCAGGUAAACUGUUGGCUGGAGAGGGAGUCCAUCUUGCCCCCGUGUCCUCUGGGUCAGAGUAAGCCAGGAGUUGCUGAGGGCUGGGGUCUGUGUAGGACCCCGCCCACCCUGGGGCACAGGGAGGGAGCAGCAAGGACCUGGGGCCCUGUUGGGAGGAGGGGGAUGCUCAGGUGCCCAGCAGCCCACACUGAGAGGCGUCCACUCAGGGCCCAGAGCGUUCCUGCAUCCAGGUCUCUGCGCCCGCCCAUCGCUGAAGAAGCCUGAGAUAAGACGGCCCAGCUGACCCCGGGACUUUGCCCUCCUGGGCCUGAGACACCCUGCACCUGUCCCUCUGGAGAGCCGUCAUGAGAGCCUCAGCCACCCUCCUCGCUGGGGCUCUGGCCACCCUGCUGGCUCCAGGGGCUGGGGUGCCCGUCCCAAGACAGAACCGCCAGAACAAGCUGCUGCUCGUGUCCUUCGACGGCUUCCGCUGGAACUACGACCUGGACGUGGAGACCCCCAACCUGGACGCCAUGGCUCGGGACGGGGUGAAAGCUCGCUACAUGACCCCGGCUUUCGUCACCCAGACCAGCCCCUGCCACUUCACGCUGGUCACUGGCAAAUACAUCGAGAACCACGGGGUCGUCCACAACAUGUUCUACAACUUCACCACCAAGGUGAAGCUGCCCUACCACGCCACCCUCGGCAUCCAGAGCUGGUGGGACAAUGGCAGUGUGCCCAUCUGGAUCACAGCCCAGAGGCAGGGCUUGAAGACCGGCUCCUUCUUCUACCCUGGUGGGAACAUCACCUACCAAGGGACCGCGGUGACGCUGAGUCGGAAGGAGGGCAUCCUACACAACUACAAAGACGAGAAGGAGUGGAGGGCCAACAUCGACACCGUGAUGCGCUGGUUCACAGAGGAGGACCUGGCUCUGGUCACUCUCUACUUCGGGGAGCCGGACUCCACAGGCCACAAGUACGGCCCAGAGUCCCCGCAGAGGAAGGAGAUGGUGAGGCAGGUGGACAGGACCGUGGGCUACCUCCGGGACAGCAUCGAGCGCCACAGCCUCACCAGCAGCCUCGACCUGAUCGUCACGUCUGACCACGGCAUGACGACCGUCAACAAGACAGCCAGCGACCUGGUGGAGUUCCACAAGUUCCCCAACUUCACCUUCCGGGACAUCGAGUUCGAGCUCCUGGACUACGGGCCGAACGGCAUGCUGAUCCCCAAGGAGGGGAGGCUGGAGAAGGUGUACGACGUGCUGAAGGACGCCCAUCCCCGGCUGCACGUCUACAAGAAGGAGCAGUUCCCCAAAUCCUUCCACUACGCCAACCACCCCAGGAUCGCCCCGCUGGUCAUGUACAGCGACCCCGGCUACGUCAUCCAUGGGAGAAUCAACGUCCAGUUCAACAACGGGGAGCACGGCUUCGACAACCAGGACCUGGACAUGAAGACCAUCUUCCGGGCCGUGGGCCCCAGCUUCCAGGAGGGCCUGGAGGUGGCGCCCUUUGAGAGUGUGCACGUGUACGAGCUCAUGUGCCAGCUACUGGGCAUCGUGCCCGAACCCAACGACGGGGACCCCGACAUCCUGAAGCCCAUGCUGCGCCCGAGCGAGGGACGGCCACCCUCCCCCACCCCGUCCACAGACGGGCACACAGAACUGCCCUCAGGGUCUGCUCUCCUGCCAAAGGGGUGGCCUCCAUUGAUGUCAGCACUGCUGGGCACCCUGGCUCUUCUGGCCAAGGUCACAUAACACCCCACCAUGCAAGGCCGGAGGCUGGAAGGAAGAGGGAGGACGUGGCCAGGCUCCCUGCUCCCCACCCCCACCCCUCCGUGCACCUAGGCAGCCGGCCCCGGGCUCUGACCCUGCCCAGCUGGUGACCACCAGCUUGCACCAAGAGGGAAGACUCUGUGGGACCCUGAGAGGCCCUUCAGCUGCUGGCUUCAGGCUGGAGGACAUCACAGAGCGGACGGCCAGGAACCCAGGCAUCCCCACCCUCCCUCAGAAGCUGACCUCCUGGUCCUUCCCAGAGCGGCCGUCCCUCCGCCUGCCCCGGGCCCUGGGCCCCUCAGACAAGAUCCACCACUCAGAACAGAGCAGAGUGAGCUCUGUCAGGAGAGGAGCUGCCGGGCCAGGUUCCCAGAACGCCCCAGCAGCCAGCCUGCUCCAGGACAUCCCCAUGUGCCAGCGACAGGCCACCCCGGGCCUCUGUUCCAUGCAGUCACGGCCCUUGGUCAGACAGAAUAAAGCCACACACACUGAA